AUGGUAGGUGAAGAUCAACCCAUUGCUGAGGAAGAAGAUGAUGAUGAUGUGGUACAAGAACAAACCACACCGCAGUCAGAUGUGGCCGAAACACUGUCGAGCUUGCCUGUGCUUUACGGUAGCCACCAAUAUUCCCAUGUCGUGCCUCCUCAAUCAGACCCCAAAAACCUUACUAAGGGCCCAAAUCAUAUUAUUCGAGUUUUCAAAGAGGACAAUACUUUCACCACCAUCUUAUGUCCUCUAGAGACCACCACUACAGAACUUAUCACCAUAGUUCAAAGGAAAUUCUUUUUGGAGUCGGUAGCCAACUAUCAGUUGAGUGUAUAUGUUGGCAACUGCGUGAAAGUCCUAGAAUCUUUUGAAAAACCACUUAAAAUUCAGAUGGGUCUCCUCAUGUUGUCAGGAUACGUCGAAAAUGACAACUUGCGUAUUAUUGGCCGAGAAGAUCUUUCAUUUAUUUGCAAGUUUGUCGUUGAGAAUAUCAAUUUGCGUAACUUUACUCAUGAAGAAGAAGCCCUCAAGUCAAAGGACUACAUUGACGUUGACAUCUCGGGCUUAAAGCUCAAGAGUAUACCCAUCAAAUUCCAUCAGCAUACUUAUGAGAUUGAAAAAUUGAAUGCUUCCGAUAACCCAGCAAUCUACAUACCAUUGGAUUUCAUUCAAUCAUGCAAUAACUUGACCAGCAUUAUCUUUUCGGUUAAUGGAUGCUCUAAGUUUCCAAUGAACUUUUUGGAGGCGACAAAGUUGACUUAUCUUGAUAUGGAAAAGAAUUUUUUGGACGAGUUGCCCGCAAAAUUUGGUGUCCUUAGCAACCUCACAAAACUUCGUUUGAACUCGAACCAAUUACGCUCGCUUCCCAAGUCAUUUGGAAAGCUUGUGAAUUUGAAGCAGUUGAAUCUCUCAUCCAACUACUUUAAUGCGUACCCGGAACCAAUCAGUGAGUUGGUCAACUUACAAGAGUUAGAUCUUUCUUACAAUGACUUGAGCGAGAUUCCCGAAUCCGUUUCCAAAUUGGUAAAUUUGGUGAAACUUAACCUUUGUACCAACAAAUUGAGCAAAGCCUUGCCCCGACACUUCGAAGCUUUGAAAUCCUUGAAGCGUUUGGACAUAAGAUAUAACAUGAUUACAAAUGUCGAUGUUAUUGGACGACUUCCCCACUUAGAAGUUGCCUAUGCAUCAAAAAACUAUGUUUCUACGUUUAACGACAAGAUGGAGAGCUUGCGCUUGCUUCAUUUUGAUCGUAAUCCAAUUACAAAUUUGCAGUUUGAAUAUCUUCUGCCAUUACUCACAGUUCUUGACUUGUCCAAGGCAAAAAUCACUUCAAUUCCCUCAGACUUUUUAACUAAAAUCCCUAAUGUUGAAAAGCUAGUGUUAGACAAAAACCAUUUGGUCAACUUACCUCCUCAACUUGGAAGCUUGUCGAAACUUUCGCAUUUAUCACUUUAUGGAAACAACUUGCAAGUUUUACCACCAAGCAUCGGUGAUUUGAAAUCUUUACAAUACCUCGACUUGCAUUCGAACACUUUGGAGAGUUUGCCUGAAGAGAUAUGGAAUUUGAGCUCUUUGAGCGUACUCAAUAUAUCAUCUAACGCUUUAAGCUCAUUUCCCAAACCACCUUUGAGUGUUGCAAAGAAGAUAUCUUCUUCGGUCGAUUUUCUGAAUUAUCGUGCAGUUGAUCAAGAAGCGGAAAGCUCGACGGAGGAUGACUCUAGGCGUCCUAGUUCAUUGGCAGAUUCAUUGCUCGUUCUUACUGUGGCAGACAAUAGGUUGAGUCAAGAUUGCUUUGACUCCAUUUCUUUCUUGAUUGAACUCAAGUCUUUGAAUGCAUCCUACAAUGACUUGCUUGAGAUUCCUGAAGGGGCUUUAAGGCGUCUAAGCAAGCUCAACGAUUUGUAUUUGUCUGGAAAUGAACUCACAAAUCUUCCCGCUGAUGAUUUAGAAGCAUUGGUCCACUUGAAAUUACUCUUUCUUAACAACAACAAGUUGGCUUCAUUGCCUGCAGAGUUGAGUAAUCUCAAGCAAUUAGCUCACUUGGAUGUUGGUUCGAAUCAACUCAAGUACAAUAUCUCGAAUUGGCCCUAUGAUUGGAAUUGGCAUUCAAAUACCAAUCUCAAGUACCUCAACUUUUCAGGAAAUAAGAGAUUCGAAAUCAAGCAAAGUCACAUAAAGAACCCUGAAACAAAGGAGGAUUUUGACAGUUUGUUGGUGUUGAAGAAGCUUAAGGUUCUCGGUCUCAUUGAUGUAACUUUGACAAGCACCUCUGUUCCUGAUCAGAACAUUGAUAUGCGAAUCAGAACAACUGCGUCGGAGCUUGACAAUAUAGGCUAUGGAGUUUCUGAUUGCAUGGGAGGCCGUGAGCAUGUGUCAACGAGGGACAUUUUCUUGCAAAAGUUCCGAGGAAACGAAAACGAAGUCUUAAUUUGCUGCUUUGAUGGCAAGCACGGUAAACCACAUGUUGGUCACCGUAUAUCGUACUUGGCAAGGACUACAUUUGUUCCUCGGUUUACCGAGGAAUUGAACAAACUUAAGGCCAAUGAAUCAGUGAACGAUGCCAUUCGUCGUGCUUUUCUUCAGAUGAACAAAGAGAUAAACGGGGUUUUGAUAGCGAAGAAGAGUAAUCAUUUCACUGGUACUCCCCUGAUGAACUCGACAUUCUCAGACCUCAACUUGAACGAAGACGGCGAUGCUGGCUGCUGUAUGUCUAUCAUUUACAUCAAAAACAAAAAGUUGUACACUGCCAACGUUGGAGAUGUUGAAACUUUAUUGACAAGGAAGAACGGUACACAUUUACUAUUAACGAACAAGCAUUAUCCCACAAACAGACCAGAGUUUGAACGUAUCAGAGCUGCAGGAGGAUAUGUUACCGGUGACGGAGCUCUCGAUGGUAAAUUACCAGUAUCGCGAGGAAUUGGUUUCUUCAAUUUCUUACCUCAUACUCACUCGGGACCCGACAUAAAGGAAAUCGACAUUACCACUGCCGACGACAUGAUCGUCUUGGCGACAAAAAUAUUGUGGGAUUAUAUUUCAUAUGAGCUUGCCGUGGAUAUUUUGCGACAAGAAAAAGAGGAUCCGAUGAUUGCAGCACAAAAGCUUCGUGACUACGCCAUAUGUUACGGAGCAAGUGACAAGAUUUCGGUGACAGUGAUCACUUUGGGAGAGCAAAAGCCCAAGCUGAAGUUCGGCUCGAAUGCCUUGUAUCACAACUUGAGCCGAGAAGGUGAUGUCUUCUCCAAGAGAAGAAGAGACAGAAGUCAAGUAUUUGGCAGUGACUCUACUUCCAGAAGAUUGGAGGCUGAAAUCGAACCGCCAGUAGGUGAGGUGGCAUUAGUUUUCACCGAUAUUAAGAGCUCCACCUUGUUGUGGGAUGCCAAUCCCGUGGCUAUGAGGUCGGCGAUCAAGAUUCACAACGACAAAAUGAGAAGACAAUUGAGAAUUGUUGGAGGGUACGAAGUCAAGACGGAAGGUGAUGCUUUUAUGGUUUCGUUUCCGUCUCCCACGUCUGCGCUUCUUUGGUGUUUCUACGUUCAGCAACAGCUUCUUGACGCAGAUUGGCCCGCUGAAAUCUUAGAGACCAAACAGUGUCGUGAAGUUGUUGAUGCAAAGGGACAUGUGAUCUUCCGGGGAUUGUCGGUGAGAAUGGGUGUUCAUUGGGGCUCUCCGGUAUGUGAGCUUGAUGUGGUCACCCGAAGAAUGGACUAUUUUGGUCCCAUGGUGAACCGUGCUUCGCGGAUCAGUGCAAUUGCAGAUGGUGGACAAAUUGCCAUGAGUUCAGAUUUCCUUCGUGAGUUGAAUACUCUUAACAAGAUACAUGAUGACAUAGCUGCCGGACGGACCACUAUUUCAGAUGCUUAUCAUGGAAACGUCAGAGCAGGUGAGAUCAUCGAACGAGAAAUAGCAUCUUUGCAAGUGACAGGAACUGCGUUCUACGAGUUGGGCGAGAGACGUUUGAAAGGAUUGGAAACUCCAGACUUCGUCACGUUGGCGAUUCCCAAAGACCUUGAAGAGCGGUUUACAUUAUUCCAAAACACACUCACACAAGAAGAAGAGAACAAGACAAUGGGCAGGAUUGUUGGAGCAUUACCUGUUGACGCCAUUUUUGGUUUACGUACCAUUUCGCUCAAGUUGGAGUCUAUAUGCUCACGACUCAACAGUCAAAAUAUGGUCAAUCCCGAAGGCCCUGAGACCCUCAACAACAUUUCCGAGCGAUUUGAUGCUUCUGAAGAGGACGUGGUUCGUCUCUUUAUGCAUAUUGUGACCCGGAUCGAGCAUUGUGUUGCUAGUCUUCAAAUGAGACAGAUUCUUGGCGGAAACGAAGGAAUUGAUUUCAAGAAUCCGGAGACAAUAUUCUCUGUAAUUGACCAAUUGGCCAGCCGGCUCGAGCCGAAUAAGGUGGGAAAGGCAUCUGGAUUCAUCGAGGACGUAUCGUAA